GUAAGAAUUUCUAGUUGAAUAAACGCGAUGUGACUGUCAUGCCAGGGCCUUGAAUUUGAAGAACAGCGAACAGAUUGAUUCUCACAUCUCGCUGAUGCUGCAACAUUACUACGAGAAGACAGUUUUGACUGACAACUGUGAGAGAAUUUGUUUGGGAUUACAACACCAAACACAUAAUGAUGAGAUACUUGGUAAACAGGAUGGAAAACAGAGAGAAGUGAAAACAUCCAUCUUCCUGUUCUGUCUAUUGCACACUUAGUCAUGAGAUCACAGCGCGCACACACACAUAUUGUGUCAACAUUAUGUUUUCAUCAGAACGGAUUUGUCAGUGUUCUCCUCUAUCACGCUAAUUAAUCUCGACAGCCGUCAUCAUGGAGAACAAGGAAAACUGCCACCCAGGGUUAUCGUUACACCAGCCAGACGAUAUCAUUUGGCGGAUAGGGGGUCAGUCAGCCUCUCUCCCCUGUAACAUCGUAUAUGAUACCAAUAGGAACAUUGAUUUCCUCUGGUUCGUCUUCAAGCAGGACGCUCACCACUCGGUCGAUCUGAUGACCCAGCAACACAAAUACAGCCUGGAGAGAAACAGCCUAAAUAUCAACUCACUCCAGGCCAAUGACAGCGGGGUGUACCACUGUGCUGCCUUGUUUAGAGACGUGGUAUGCAGCGGGGCACAGGAGAUAGGGCAGGGCACCACGCUGGUGGUGAGAGAGAGGGGCAUGCAGAUGGCCUGGCAUGUUUUGCUGUUUGUCCUGUUAGCCUUGUACAGUCUGGCAAUACUGAUUCUGAUCAUUCGUAAGAAGACUGGGAAAGACAUUGCCGUUUGCAGAGGCACACAGAAGAGUGACAUCCAGAAGAAUAAAGUUCGAGUACAGUUUGGUGCUGUUGUGCAAGAGCUGUACGGUAAGAGGAACUUACGAAGUAACAAGAAAAACCCCAACCACAGUGGCCCUGCUCAAAACAAGGUUGAAAGCCCCCACUCCAACCAUCCAGAGGACAUUUACCAAAACCAGUGACUCAACAAAAAGGAGAACCACUAAUGACAGCUACUUCCCUACACAGACUGAUCUUCAGGCGGGAGACUAUAAACGAAGGACACUGCUGACCUGCAAAACGACUAACCAAAAUCUAAAACUGACCCUUAGCUUAACCAAAGAGAGUAACCAGACAAAAACAAUCUCGAUUUAUUGAUAAACUUCAAAUUAAUCAGAAAGAAAAACAGAAGUCCCUCUACUGAAUCUGAAGUUCACCAAUUUGAAUAUCACAUUUUUUUGUCCAUGUUUCAGUUUCAAAAGUCAACGUAAAUAACACGUGCAAGUUAUUUGAAUGAAGGCUUAUUGUUUUUAAUGGAAACAGUGUAAAAGGACACGUAGGAAACAUUCCCCGACAAAUGAAUGCAAAUCAUUUGAAUGAAAAGUAAUAGCAUAUUUGUUUGGUAUUAACUAUUUAGACAAAGGCACAACAUCACAAUGGUUCAGGUCCCAUGAUAACAGUAUGUAGUAUACACAAUGUCAAAGAAAAUAUCUGUUUUACAUUCAAUUUGUUUGGAGAACAAAGUCUGAAAACUAAUAAACUAUGUGAAAGUAAUCUGA